AUGACAACGGCACCUAUAACUGCAAAGUGGAAUGACCUUGAACGUAAUGACAGCACGCUCCUGCUAACUUCUCGAAAGGUUAGUGUAGCAGCAGCAGGUGCAGCAGCAGCAGCAGCAGCCGCCGCUGAAGCAGCAGAAGGUGCAGCAGCAGGUGCUGCAGCAGGUGCAAUAGUAGGAGUGGCAGCUGGAGGUGCACGAAAAUACGCGGCAGAAGCAACUGCUGCAAUGGCAGCAGCAGUUGCCGCAGAUGCAGCGGCAGCAGCAGAAGACGGAGCAGCAGCAGCAGAAGACGAAGCAGCAGCAGCAGAAGACCGAGCAGCAGCAGCAACAGCGGCAGCCGCGUGA